UAUAUUCGAAGAGGAAAAAGAAAAGCUAACUCAAGUUUAACCACGGGUUAGAUAGAAUCCACAACUAACGUUGCAGAUUAACCCUCAGAAACCAAUCCAACGGCUCGGGAUGGCUCGCAAAGAACAAUGGCUAAUGAGCCAGUGGUUCGGGCUAUUUCUCUCUCACUCUCAGCUCUGCAGACCUGUUUUGAUUAUCCCGUCGUAGAAUAACCGAUCAAUCGGCCAAUCCGUCAAUCAAUCAACCUAGGGCUAGGGUUAGAGUUAGCGUUUGUGUGUCAGAUGAGAUGGAGAUGGAAUAUGUAAGUGAGUUCCCUCUUUCUCACAUGGAUCGGCGCCCCAGGAAGAGGCCCAGGUUAGCUUGGGAGGUACCUCAAGCCCAACCGAAGGCUCAGUCAGGAAUGUAUUGUGGGCAAGAUGUUGGUAAUGGGACAAGCUUUGGACCUUCAAGGGUACUUCCAGAUCAUGCUAGUCUGUUUGUAAAGGGAUUGACUCAAAAAGGCUCCCCCCCGUGGCGUGAUGAUGACAAAGAUGGACAUUACAUAUUUGCACUUGGAGAUAAUUUGACAUCUCGCUAUAAGAUCCACAGAAAGAUUGGUGAAGGCACCUUCGGUCAGGUUCUUGAAUGCUGGGAUAGAGAAACAAGGGAGAUGGUUGCCAUAAAAGUUGUGAGAAGUAUUAAGAAGUACCGUGAAGCAGCAAUGAUAGAAAUUGAUGUGCUCAAGUUGCUUGGAAAGUCUGACAGAAAUGGCAGUCGUUGUGUCCAAAUACGGAAUUGGUUUGACUAUCGUAACCAUAUAUGUAUUGUCUUUGAGAUGCUUGGACCAAGCUUAUACGAUUUUCUUCGGAAAAAUAAUUAUCGCCCAUUUCCCGUUGAUCUUGUCCGUGAGCUUGGCAGACAACUGUUGGAAUGUGUGGCAUUCAUGCAUGAUUUGCGCCUCAUCCAUACUGACUUGAAGCCUGAGAACAUACUUUUUGUUUCGCCAGAGUUUGUGAAAGUACCUGACUAUAAGGUUACAUCCCGGUCACUUAAAGAGGGAGCCUAUUAUAAGCGGUUGCCAAAAUCUAGUGCAAUUAAGGUUAUUGAUUUUGGCAGCACAGCUUAUGAGCACCAAGAUCACAACUAUAUUGUCUCUACCAGACAUUACCGUGCACCUGAGGUUAUUCUUGGACUUGGAUGGAGUUAUCCAUGUGACAUAUGGAGUGUUGGUUGUAUUUUGGUGGAAUUAUGCUCCGGAGAAGCUUUAUUUCAGACACAUGAGAACUUUGAGCAUCUAGCCAUGAUGGAAAGGGUUUUUGGCCCAUUACCUCAGCACAUGUUGAAAAGAGCCGACCGCCAUGCUGAGAAGUAUGUCAGAAGGGGUAGGUUGGACUGGCCGGAAGGUGCAGCCUCUCGUGAAAGUAUUAAAUCUGUUAUGAAGCUACCUCGUCUUCAGAAUCUAGUGAUGCAGCACGUAGAUCACUCAGCUGGGGAUCUCAUAGACCUAUUGCAAGGUCUGCUUAGAUAUGACCCCUCCAACCGACUAACAGCUCGGGACGCCCUAAGGCACCCCUUCUUUACUAGGGAUCAUUACAGGAGAUUUCAGUGAGGUUUGAUUUUUCCAUUCCGGCGGUGUUAUGUUAUUGCUUGAUGUGGUUUACUGAAAGAGAGUCGUGGGGUGGGGGGGCUGGCUUGUAUUCUUGCAUUACUUUCAUUUCUUGGCGUGUAGUGCAGCAUAAAUGGCCUGCAUGGUCAUGAUUCUGUGAUUUCUGUAAUUCUUGUUUUUUUGAGCUUGUGUAGAUAACCCGUUCAGGAGAAGCUUUCUCCUUUAUCCAAUUUUGUAACGUGAAAAUGUUCUCUGUUUUCACUUAUAAAUAGGAAUUUAUCUUUUAUGGACAAGGUUAACAUUCUUGAAGGAUGAAGAAGAUCUUCUGUGCCAU